AUGGCUACUACAAAUGUCUCAAUGUUAAAUUCUUUAUCAUCACCAACCAAAGAGAAUACUUCUCCUGUUGGGAAAGCUUUUAAAUGUGACGAUUGUUCUUAUACCUGUACUGAGAACAGUGAUCUUGUGAAACAUUUAGGUAUUCACACGGGAGAGAAAGCUUACAAGUGUAAGGAAUGUUCAUAUACUUGCUCUAGUAAAUCAAAUCUUAUCAGACACCAACGUUCUCACACGGGAGAGAAACCCUACAAGUGCAACGAAUGUUCAUUUGCUUGUUCUGUUAAAUCAAGUCUUACUAUACACCAACGUACUCACACAGGAGAGAAACCCUUCAAGUGCAACGAAUGUUCAUAUACUUGUUCUGAUAAAUCAAAUCUUAUCAGACACCAACGUACUCACACCGGAGAGAAACCCUACAAGUGCAACGAAUGUUCAUUUGCUUGUUCUGUUAAAUCAAGUCUUACUAAACACCAACGUACUCACACGGGAGAAAAACCCUACAGGUGUAAGGAAUGUUCAUAUUCUAGUGCUCAGAAAGGUGAUCUCAAGAAACAUAAUAUGAGGAUUCACACGGGAGAAAAACCCUACAAGUGUAAGGAAUGUUCAUAUACUUUCUCUAGUAAAUCAAAUAUUAUCAGACACCAACGUUCUCACACGGGAGAGAAACCCUACAAGUGCAACGAGUGUUCAUUUGCUUGUUCUGUUAAAUCAUGUUUUAUUAGACAUCAACGUACUCACACGGGAGAGAAACCUUACAAGUGUAAGGAAUGUUCAUAUUCUUGUGCUCAGAAAGGUCAUCUCACAUUACAUAUGAGGACUCACACGGGAGAGAAAUCCUACAAGUGCAAAGAAUGUUCAUUUGUUUGCUCUAUUAAAUCAAGUCUUUCCCGACACCAACGUACUCACACAGGACAGAAACUCUAAAAUUGCCAGGAAUGUUCUUAUACAACUACAUUAUACUUGCUAUCAUCAGUCACAAUUUAUUAGAUAACAGCGUUUUCACUGGUAGAUAAUGUCAGUUUACUUCCCCUUUUAUAUCAUUUAUGAUCAAUGAUUGCAUUUACAGUCUAUAAAUAAUCUCCACAAAUGUUAAGAGCUAUUUUUGAAAGCAAUUUUUCUGAUUUCAAUAACAAAAUUGUGCAACUUAUUCCAUAAAAUAUAAUUGAGAAAUUAUGAUUUUGUUGCUAUUACUGUGAAUCAUUUAAUCAUUGAUAUAUCUAACCUUUUAUUUAA